UGAGGAGGGCUUGCUAAUUUGGCUCAUUGCACAAAGGGCUUUUUGAAAGGGCUUCUUGAAAGAAACUAACUACUGUUCUCCAUUCUUCUGAAGCAAAGGGGAAAAAAAGGAAUGAAACAUUUAUAAUGGCUGUCUAUCUGUUCCUUAUUUUUAUUUCCUUCAUAAGUACAUCUCUUCAACUGCCAGAUAGUGAAGUAUUUUUAAUACACAAUGAAGACAAUAAGCUCUGUGUUCAAGCUCAAAAUGGUAACUCACUUAUAACUACUAUUUGCAAUCAGAACAAUGAGUUACAAAAAUUCAGAUGGAUCUCUGAUCACCAGCUUCUGAAUAUGAAAUCAAAAUUAUGUGUGGCAGUGCCUUCCAAGAAAAACCAAGUUAUGGUCACUCUGGAUCAUUGUAACAAGACAAAUGAACUUCAACAGUGGAACUGCAGAAAUGAGAGCCGCCUUGCAAUCCAUGGAGAAGAAUUAUUCUUCAACUAUGGCAAAGGAAAAGAAGCAAGAAUUAGGUUAUCCAAAGAAUCGGGCAUUGGGAGUAUGUGGAAAAUCUAUGGAACCACUGACAGUUUGUGUUCUCAGCACUAUGAAGACAUAUUUACAUUACUAGGAAAUUCCUUUGGGGCACCCUGUGUAUUCCCUUUUAAGUACAAGAAUAAGUUGUAUGCCACAUGCAUAAAGGAUGGCUCUGAGUUUUUCUCAUUGUGUGCAACAUCUGCAAACUUUGAUGAGGACUCUUUAUACGGAUAUUGCCCAGAAAAAGACACCACUGCGGACUUUUUUUGGGUUACCAACUCUUUGACAGGCAUCCACUAUCAGAUAAACUCCGAGUCAGCUCUAACAUGGCACCAGGCAAGGAAAAGCUGUCAGCAGCAGAAUGCAGAAUUAUUAAGUAUCACAGAGUUGCAUGAACAAACAUAUGUAGCAGGGCUGGUUAGCAAGAUGAAUACUGAAAUCUGGAUUGGACUUAACAGUGUGAAUGAUGACAGUGGAUGGCAAUGGAUUGGCGGGGAUCCAUUCAGAUAUUUAAACUGGGCUCCAGGAAGUCCCUCUCCUGAGUCAGAAAAAAUCUGUGCGACACUACAGUCUAAGAAUGGUAAAUGGGCAAACCAAGCAUGCGGUCACAAAUGUGGAUACAUCUGCAAAAAGGGAAACUCAUCUUUAGAUUCCUUCAUUAUUCCCACAAAUGAUUAUAGGCCAAUUAAGUGCCCAAAGGGAUGGAUGUCUUAUGCAGGUUAUUGUUAUAUGAUUUACAGAGAACCCAAGAUAUGGAAAGAUGCUGUAUCUUCCUGUAGAAAGGAGGAAGGAGAUCUAGCAAGUAUCCAUGAUAUUGAAGAACACAGCUUUGCAAUGUCUCAGCUAGGGUAUGAGUCUACUGAUGUGCUGUGGAUUGGUUUGAAUGACCUCAAGAUUCAAAUGUAUUUUGAAUGGUGUGAUGGGACUCCUGUGACAUACGCCAAGUGGUUGCAGAGAGAACCAAGUCAUAUAAAUCAUAAGCAAGAAGACUGUGUUGUUAUGAAGGGAGAGGAUGGGUACUGGGCAGAUGAUGACUGUAAAAAGAAAUUUGGGUACAUUUGUAAACGGAAACCUCUGGCAGAAGAACCUGGGGAGGUUGAGAUUAUUGACCAAGGCUGCCAAAAGGGCUGGAAAAGACAUGGUUUUUACUGUUACUUAGUUGGACAAGUACCUGCAACAUUUUCUGAAGCCAAGCAAAUCUGUGAAAAUAACAAAGCUUUCCUAGUUACUGUGCAAGACAGAUACGAACAAGCAUUUCUGACUUCCCAUAUUGGGCAUAGACCCACAAAAUAUUUCUGGAUUGGCCUUUCAGAUGUAGAAGAACAAGGUACUUUCAAGUGGGCCAAUGGUGACAAGAUUCUGUUCACUCACUGGAAUUCAGGCAUGCCUGGGAGGGAGGCAGGUUGUGUUGUCAUGAGAACAGGAACUGCAGCUGGAUUAUGGGAAGUUUUGAGCUGUGAACAGAAAACACUGUUCCUCUGCAAGCAGUUGGUGCAGGGAGCAACUCCUCCUCCUCCACCAACAACAGCUCCUCCACUUUCAUGUCCAGAGGGAUGGGUUUCAUCCACCCAUAGUAGCUUAUGCUUCAAACUUUUUAGCAAAGAAAGAAAAUAUAAAAAGUCAUGGUUUGAAGCUAGAGAUUUUUGUAGAGCAGUAGGAGGAGAUCUGGCUGCUAUCCAUACUGAAGAAGAACAAAAUGUAGUAGUUAAAUUGCGGAAAGGAGGUUAUUCGUCUUCAUAUUACUGGAUGGGUUUUAACAACUUGGAUCCUGACAAAGGAUAUACUUGGAGUGAUGGCUCUGCAGUAAGUUAUGAAAAUUGGGCAGAAGGAGAACCCAAUAACUAUGGAGGAAAUGAAAAAUGUGGCGUAUUUUAUGGAUACAGUGACAUGGAGUGGAAUGAUGUGUUUUGUGAGAAUAUGAAUUCCUGGGCUUGUCAAAUACAAAAAGGAGAAUCUUUAAAACCAGAACCAAGUAACACAUUUGAAGAUCAAUAUAUUCUUAGUGAAGAUGGAUGGAUUUUAUAUAAUGAAAAGGAGUACUAUUUCAGCAAGGAAAAAAUGUUUAUGCAACAAGCCCGGGACUUUUGCAAGAAAAAUCACGGAGAUCUUCUUGUCAUUGAAAAUGAAAGUGAAAACAAGUUUCUGUGGAAAUAUACCUACUAUUAUGGUUUUUACGAUGACCUUUACAUUGGCUUAUAUGUGAGUCUUGAUAAAAAGUUUCGUUGGAUGGAUGGAACCCUAGUAAACUAUGUUGCCUGGGCCCCAAAUGAACCCAACUUUGCAAAUAAUGAUGAAAACUGUGUGGUCAUGUAUUUCCGUACAGGAAUGUGGAAUGAUCUCAACUGUGGAGUCAGCAAAUUCUUCAUCUGUGAAAGGCUAAACAGGACUGUUCGUUCAACAGUUGCUCCUACAUCACCUGUACCUCUGGGUGGAUGCCCUGAAAACUGGCUUUUGUUUAAUAACAAGUGUUUCAGAUUGUUUGAUAGCAUUAAAAAAGAAGCACAGUCAUGGCAUGCUGCACGGACUACAUGUAUAAAUUUAGGAGGCAAUCUGGUUACUGUAUCAAGUGCAGAACUGCAAGCCUUCCUUAUCACCCUCAUAAAGGAUGCUACAGAUGAGGUCUGGAUUGGAAUGAAUGAUAUAAAUCAUGAAUACUUGUUCCUAUGGACGGAUGGAAGUGGUGUCUCUUAUACAAACUGGGCAAAUGGUUAUCCAGAUUAUAGCUAUCAGUCUGACUGCAUCUUUAUGACAAACAAAAAUAUUGAAGAGGCAGGGAAAUGGAAAGAUUCAGACUGUCAGGCUAACAAAAGUUACAUAUGCCAGAGAAAUACAGAUCCUAAACUAUAUCACCAAACAACAGUUCCCAUACCUGGCUUUAUCCAAUAUGGUAACAGUAGCUAUUCCAUCAUAAGUUCCAAAAAGAAUUGGGAAGAAGCACACAAAAACUGCAAGGCUGAACACUCAGAACUUGCCAGCAUUUUAGAUGCCUAUACCCAAUCAUUCCUGUGGCUGGACACAUUAAAGUUUAAGGAGCCUGUGUGGAUUGGUCUCAACAGCAAUGUGACUGGUGGAUUUUACAAGUGGACUGAUAACUGGAAACUAAAGUACCAGAAAUGGGCCCCUGAGGAACCAAAAAAGAAAAUAGCCUGUGUCUAUUUAGAUGUGGAUGGUUCCUGGAAGACAGGCUCAUGUGAUGAAGAGCAUUUCUCUGUCUGUAAACGGUCUGAUGUUAUGCCCCCUCCUGAUCCACCUCAACUCCCUGGAAAAUGUCCAGCAGAGAAAAAAGGCAGAUCCUGGAUUCCUUUCCGUGGUCAUUGUUACUACAUUUAUGUCUCAUCUAAAGAAAACUGGUCUGGAGCUUCCAUGGAAUGUGUUCGACUAGGUUCCUCGUUGGCUACUAUAGAAGAUUCAGCUGAGAUGAAUUUCCUAUUUAAUCACUUGCAUGCAUUUGCAAGUGAUUCAAGCCAGUUUUGGAUAGGAAUGUACAAAAAUGUGGAUGAUGAAUGGACAUGGAUAAACAACAAAGCAGUUGAUUUUGUCAACUGGAAAGAAGGCGAGCCUUCAACUUUUUCUAGUAAAAACUGUGUUUUCAUGGAUGCUUCGGAUGGACGCUGGAGAGUCUAUUACUGCAGUUUUGACAGACAUUUUAUUUGUAAAAUGCCAAAGAUUCCUGAAUUAGAACCAACCAAGUUACCACAAAAAUCAGGAGGAGGUGAAAAAAUUGAAGCUGCACCUACACACCGAUUAAGUGGGAUGGUGGUUACUCUGGUCUUCCUUAUUCUAGUAGGAGCUGGCCUCACCAUCUAUUUUCUCUACAGAAGACACAACCAGCAACAAACUGAUACUGGUUUUGACAAUUCUCUGUAUCAAAAUAGAGUAACUGUUUCUGAUACUAAUGAGUCAAAUAAUCUUGUGGCUAACAUUGAGCAGAAUGAACAAGAUAUCCUUUAGUUAAUAAAGUAAAAAUGUGCCUGAUUUUGAUACAAACCUGGAGCACCAGAAUGCUUAAGAUAAAGCUACUUAUUCCUGUGAAAAUUGCAGGUCAUUUCACAGUCUGUGAGAUUUGUUUUAUGUACUAGCAGGAGCAAUUAUUUCUUUAGUAGUCUUGCAAGUUUCUGGAUGUACUUGCUUAAAAAUAGUUUUGUGGGAUGCCAUUGAACAAAUGCCACAAUAUAACAUCAAGUCACAUGAAUGGGUAUUCAAACAAUUCCAGUUUCUAUAAGGGAUCUACAUUGUUAUUAGUGGAAAAAAGAGCCAAGUUCAUCAUUGCAAGAAUAACUGUUACAGACUUUUCAAAGCACUCAGAAAACCAACUCUCCAGUUCUGUUGGAGUCCUGCAAAUGUCAUUCCAAAAUUGCACUUCAUGACUGCUGACAGUGCAUUUCACUUCAGCCUACUGUUGUACAAAUUCAGUUCAGAAAAACCUCAAAAUGUGUACUGAAUAUGUCCUCGUACUGGGCUUUUCUUAGUUCAGCAUUACAUCUUUGCAGUAUGUAGAUGCAGUAUGUAGUGACAUACUUCAAAGGUCUUAGCUUCAAGAAAUGUCUUUACAUAAUUUGAUUUUUAUGCAUUUUGUGACAGUUCAAUUGUGUUUGGAUUAAAAUAUUUCCUCUUUUAGAUAUGAA